AUGAAACCUUCUUCCAUUGCUUCGACCAUUCCUGACAUUGAUCUUAUCAAUGUAAAUGAGUUGAUAACAUCUUCCAAAGGAGGAGCAUCUGGUACGAUAGACGAAGGUUCCCUGGUGUCCGAAGUCUCGCCUGGCAGUUCUUCGACUCCAAAAUUUGAUUUUCAUCUGCCAAAGAAUCAAACUCACAUUUCUUCCCUGAUGUCUUUAGCUUCCUCCAUACCGUCCUUCUUGCAUCCAUUCACUAUUACUUCCUUUGUCAAUAAGCCAUCUGUUGUCAAGAUGACCGAUGAGGAAGAGAUAGACAAGUAUCGGACUUACAUCCUUGAGGGCCUCCAUUAG